AUGAUCCUGUUCUGCACGCUCAACACGCACAAGGUGGAUAUGACGAAGCUGCUCGGCGGGCAGAUCGGCCUCGACGACUUCAUAUUCGUGCACCGAAAAGGCCGCCCCAAGGAGAUUGAGCUGCGCAAGACUGAAGAUGCUUUGGGUCUUACCAUCACUGACAACGGCGCCGGAUAUGCGUUCAUCAAACGCAUCAAAGAAGGCAGUGUCAUUGACAACCUGAAAGUCAUUCAGGUUGGUGACCAUAUCGAGAAGAUCAACGAUGUUAAUCUGGUAGGACGACGUCAUUUCGAGGUGGCUAAGAUGUUGAAGGAAAUUCCACGUGACAAUAUUGGUAAGAGGGGAAGUAACGUUCGCAAGAAAGAUCCAAAUGGCAUUGAGAAAAUGCAGACUAUUAGAUUUUCUCCUCUUGGUGCACCUGUUAUACAAGAAGCACCUGGAGAAGUCAUGGUUCGAGGUAUUGAGAAGAUAAAUAUUUUACUAGACAGUUUCCUUGGAAUUAAUGAUAACGAACUUGCUACACGUAUUUGGGAACAAGCUGAAGGCAAGAACAACAGCAUGGAAUUUGCUGAUGCUAUUGACAGUUCUGAUUUAGAAGAAUUUGGCUUCACAGAUGAUUUCAUCAUUGAGUUGUGGGGAGCAGUGACAGAUGCUCGAUCAGGGCGCCUGAAGUGAACACUGAAAUGAACUCAAGUGGACAGUUUAUUUUUUUACCAGAAAACAAAUCUCACUUCAUACCCCACCAUCUUCAAUGUGUCCUCAGCAUGUCAAUAUAUACAUAAUUAUCUUACAGGGUUAUGACUGCAAUGUUUGAAUUUUAUUGACAAGGUAUUCACAACUGUUCUCAAUUUCAAACCGAGUUGUCUUUUAUUAUGCAUCCUAUAAAAUGAGUAUAUGAAAGAUAUAUUUCACAUGUAUUACUGCACAGUUUCCUUCUGCAAGAAAUUCAUUUGUUGUAUUAUAAGUAUUUAUCUCUUAUUUAAUACUCUAUUGUCAAGUUCAUCCCAGUAAUUUUUUGAGUUCCUGUUUUCUUAUCCUUCAUACCCAGUAUGCUGAUAGUGAAAUUGGAAAUAAUUAUUUUCUGUUUAGAGUCAUGAAUUCAAUGUUAAUAUAAUUCAGGUUCACUAUUAUAUAUUAAUAACUCUGUGAUUAAUGAGAUGUAUGAGAAGCAUCAUAAAUUGUGGUAUAUGAAGUGAGAAAUUCGUUAUUUGUAGAUAUUGUUUAGUAACAAUGGCAUGCUACAGACGUGAUGAGUUUACAUAGUGUACUAAGUACUUUUAAGAUAUGUGAAAUAUGUUACAGAUGAUAAUUACAAGUAAUAAAAUUAUUUAUCUCUCAUUGUUAAAUUACUUCCAUUGCUUUACCUCUACAAAUUAAACUGUUUGUGUAAUUUAAUGUUGUUCAUGAAAUUCUGUUACAUUACUUUUACCUUUAGUCAUCAUGCAUAAUAGUUACUUUGAAAAUAAAUUUUGUCUCAAUGAUAUUGUUGCACAAAUAAAUGUUCUUUGUCCAAUUUUCCUAUUGUAACAAUAAAAUGCAUUAAAACUGCAUCUAAAACUA